AUGCAUGUCAAACAUGUUAUUGAUGCAAGAAUCAUCAGUGAUCGUGAAACUGGUAGAUCUAGAGGAUUUGGGUUCAUCACUUUCACCAGUAGCGAGGAGGCAUCCAGUGCAAUCCAGGCCUUAGAUGGGCAUGAACUUCAUGGCCGUCGAGUAAGGGUGAAUUAUGCUACUGAUAGACCUCGCCCUAACUUCGGUGAUGGAGGUGGUUUUGAAACUGCUAGCAUUGGAGGUGGUUUUGGCAAUAACAUCAAUUUGGGUGUUUCUGGCGGUGUUGGUGGUGCUGAUGACUUUGUUGGCGGUGCUGACAACAGCUUUGGCAGUGGUGGAGCUCAAUUGGGAGAGAACAAAGGUGGUUUCGGCUUGGAUGAUCCCUUGAAAGGAAAUGAUAGGGAUGAUGAUGAUGAUGCCGGCAACUUUCUCAAGAGGGCUUGA